AUGGCGACCAAGACACCUACCGUGAAGUUGUCCUCGGGCUAUGAAAUGCCCCUUGUCGGCUUCGGUAUCUGGAAGGUGCCAAACGACGUUUGUGCUGACCAAGUCUACAACGCCAUCAAGCUCGGCUACAGACACAUCGAUGGCGCCUGGGAUUACACCAACAGUGCCGAGGCAGGUCAAGGUGUAAGAAGAGCUAUCGAAGAGGGUAUCGUGAAGCGAGAAGACAUGUUUAUUACCUCAAAGCUAUGGAACAACUACCACGCCCGUGAGCACGCGUUCGAGAUGGCAAAGCUAGAAAACGAGGCGUGGGGUUUGGGAUAUUUGGACCUGUUCUUGAUCCAUUUCCCCAUCGCGCUCGAAUUCAUUCCCUUCGAUAAGAUCCGCUACCCAUGCUUCUGGAGCGAUAAGGAGCAGACCAAGGUUACUCCUCUGGCAAAGGUGCCGAUCUCGGAGACUUGGGGGGCCCUGGAAGACUUGGUGCAGACUAAAGAGAACCCGGACGGCUUCGUUAGAAGCAUCGGAAUCUCCAAUUUCCACACUCAGCUGAUAUACGACCUCCUGUCAUAUGCGAAGAUCCACCCUAGUGUGUUGCAAGUCGAGCAUCACCCAUACUUAACCCAGCCAGACCUGAUCAACAUGGCCCAAGAGAACAAUAUUGCUGUGACAGGCUACUCGACAUUCGGACCGCAAAGCUUUAUCGAGAUGGAUCAUGCUACAGCUAAAGAAGUUAAGCCACUCUUCGAGACUGAUGUGGUUAAGAGCAUUGCCGCGAAACACGGCAAGACGCCCGGUCAGGUUCUGCUCCGAUGGUGUACUCAGCGCAACAUCAUUGUCAUUCCCAAGUCAAACAGCGUUGAGCGUCUGAAGCAGAAUUUGGAGAGUUCCUCGUUUAACCUGAGCGAUGAUGAUAUCAAACAGAUCUCGAGUUUGAACAUCAACCUGCGCUUCAACAACCCUGCGACUCUAUCAACUCCGAUACGUAUAUUCACCUAG